UAACACAAUGUAUCCCAUCUAGCCAUGACCCAGAAGCACUGGGGCGUAGACUGCAAGUUAUUCUAUCCGGGUUAUUUAAAGCAGCUCCAGUUAAGUGUCUUUAUUGGUAGGUUACAUGUACGCUUGAAAUAAUCAACGAAAGAACAAAGUUAACAACUGGUUUGACUUUUGCACGGGUAAUUUGUAUGGACUCUAUGUGCACAUUUCUAAACUUGAAAACAAUCAGAGUACAAAAUGCAUUUGAUUGUUUUCAAUGGUUGAACUUUGACACAGUUUUUUUUUUAACAGACGGACAGCUAGCUGGUGCUCAAAGAUGGCAAGUUCCCGGAAAGUGAUUGAACUGUUUUAUGACGUGGUCUCUCCCUACUCAUGGCUUGGCUUUGAGGUCAUGUGCCGUUACAGAAAUGUGUGGAACAUUGACCUUAAACUACGUCCUGCAUUCUUGGGUGGCAUCAUGCAAGGGUCAGGUAAUAAGCCCCCAGGUCUGGUCCCAAACAAGUUCCUGUAUAUGACCACAGACCUGCACCGUCUAGCCCAGUACUUCCAGGUCCCCAUCAGUCCCCCUGCUGACCCCUUUGAGGCCAUGUUUGAAAAAGGCUCGCUGUCUGCCAUGCGCUUUGUGGCGGCGGUACAGGAGAGGGAGGUGGGAGGAGAUAAACAGGUAGAGCAGGUGUCCCGGGAGCUGUGGAUGAGGAUCUGGAGCCAAGACAAAGACAUUACCCAGCCUGCAUCACUCUCUGAGGCAGCCAUGAAGGCAGGGCUCUCAGCCAGUGAGGUAGAAGAGCUGUUGAAACUGUCCACCUCUAAGGAAAUCAAAGACAAGCUGAAGAGAUCCACCCAGGAAGCACUGGACCAUAGGGCCUUUGGUUUUCCUCUGGCUGUGUGUCAUGUGAAUGGAAAGGCGGAGGUGUUCUUUGGCUCUGACCGGUUUGAGCUCAUUGCCCACUGCAUAGGAGAGAAGUGGAUGGGACCCCAGCCUGCUGCUGCCAAACUGUGACUUAAAACAUGAAACUGGGACGUGACUGGGACUUGAAACCUGUCACAUGGAAUUCAUUAAGAUUUAUAAAUACUAUACAUAUGA